GGAAAGCGCGUGGCGCGGUUGGGGUUGGCGGCUGGCUUCGCGGGCGCACGCCCGGGCGCACCGGAUUUGGACCCCCUGCGAAGGAAGGCCGGCCGGGGACGUGUCUCCCGCCGGGCGGAAGGGGCGGGGGCGAGGCGUGCGCAUUGCCGCUUCUGCCCCCCCCUUGAUUUUAUUUAUUCAAGAAAUAAGGGAGUAAAGGGAAAUUUGACAAAAUACCCCGGCCGUUUUCAGAGUUGAAGGCAUCCACCAGGGACACUUCUGUCCCCAGCAUCUACCCGGGCGGCACAAGUGGCACUGGCUGGAGCCCACCUCGACUCCAGGGGAUUAUCCCUCGCGCUGGAUCAACUCCAGCCUCAGGCCUCACCCCCACGUCCCAGCUCCGCCCGUCCCCCGGUCAGCAGUUUGGGUCACCGGCCGUGCCCCUUGGCCCGUCUCUGCAGAGGUCACUGAGGGACCGUGGUGCGAGACGGGCGGGCUUAUUUUUCAAGGCGGAAGAAUACUAAGCGGUUUCAAGAUUGCAACUUUUUCAAGAGGGGAAAGUCCCUUCUACGUUGGCCCGUUAAGGUUUUUCUUCUUUUUCAGUUAAACUUAUGCCAUGGCCAUGCAGAAAAUCUUUGCCCGAGAAAUCCUGGACUCCAGGGGCAACCCCACAGUGGAGGUGGACCUGCACACGGCCAAGGGCAGAUUCCGAGCAGCUGUGCCCAGUGGAGCUUCCACAGGUAUCUAUGAAGCUCUGGAACUAAGAGAUGGAGACAAAUCUCGCUACCUGGGGAAAGGAGUCCUGAAGGCGGUGGAACACAUCAAUAAGACUCUAGGCCCCGCACUGCUGGAAAAGAAACUAAGCGUGGUGGAUCAAGAAAAAGUUGACAAAUUUAUGAUUGAGCUGGACGGGACAGAGAAUAAGUCCAAGUUUGGGGCCAAUGCCAUCCUGGGUGUGUCCCUGGCCGUGUGCAAGGCCGGAGCAGCUGAGAAGGGGGUCCCGCUCUACCGACACAUUGCAGAUCUCGCCGGGAACCCAGACCUGAUCCUCCCGGUCCCUGCCUUCAAUGUGAUCAACGGGGGCUCCCAUGCUGGAAACAAGCUGGCCAUGCAGGAGUUCAUGAUCCUGCCCGUGGGAGCCAAAUCCUUCAGGGAAGCCAUGCGCAUCGGAGCCGAGGUCUACCACCACCUCAAGGGGGUCAUCAAGGCCAAGUAUGGGAAGGACGCCACCAAUGUGGGUGAUGAGGGCGGCUUUGCACCCAACAUCCUGGAGAACAAUGAAGCCCUGGAGCUGCUGAAGACCGCCAUCCAGGCGGCUGGUUACCCCGACAAGGUGGUGAUUGGCAUGGACGUGGCAGCGUCUGAGUUCUAUCGCCAUGGGAAGUAUGAUCUCGACUUCAAGUCAGCUGAUGACCCCGCACGGCACAUCACUGGGGAGAAGCUGGGGGAGCUGUAUAAGAGCUUCAUCAAGAACUAUCCUGUGGUCUCCAUCGAGGACCCUUUUGACCAGGAUGACUGGGCUACCUGGACCUCAUUCCUCACGGGGGUCAGCAUCCAGAUCGUGGGGGAUGACCUCACAGUCACCAACCCCAAGAGGAUUGCCCAGGCCAUUGAGAAGAAGGCCUGCAACUGCCUGCUGCUGAAGGUCAACCAGAUCGGCUCAGUGACCGAAUCCAUCCAGGCCUGCAAACUGGCUCAGUCUAACGGCUGGGGGGUGAUGGUGAGCCACCGCUCCGGGGAAACCGAGGACACAUUCAUCGCUGACCUCGUGGUUGGGCUCUGCACGGGACAGAUCAAGACUGGUGCCCCCUGCCGCUCAGAGCGUCUGGCCAAAUACAAUCAGCUCAUGAGGAUUGAGGAGGCUCUCGGGGACAAGGCUGUUUUUGCUGGACACAAGUUCCGUAACCCAAAGGCCAAGUGAGAAGCUGGAGGCCCCAGGAUCCCAGAUCCCCAGGACAGAUCUAGGCCUUCAAGCCCUUCCCCCUGAAAUAAACACUGGUGCCAACCAA